UCCUAAACUCAUCAGACACCCACAAAGCACCAAAGACACCCACACGUAACCGAUCGAGCAGCAUGAGCUCGUCGUCUGCCGCCAUGCACCCCAAGGCCGUGUACCGGCUCAUCGUGGACAACUUCCUUGCCGUUGUCACCGCCGCCAUGGCCACUCUCUCUGUCGUCGCCCUGGUGUGGCUCGGGCCAGAGGAGCUGAUCAGCUGGCUCCGUGGCCGUGAGUUCCAGCCAGCGCACCUGUUCUUCGCCGGGUUCGUUGCGGCCGCAGCAGCCACCUUGUACCUCCUGCUCCGUCCGCGUGCCGUGUACCUGGUCGACUAUGCCUGCUUCAGCUCCUCCUUCAACCGCCCGCUCGCCCGCAUCCCCAUGGCCUCAUUCAUCGAGCACAACAAGCACACGCCCAGCAUCAACGAGCGCAGCGUCCGGUUCAUCUCGCGGCUGCUGGAGCGCUCCGGGCUCGGGGAGGAGACCUGCCUGCCGGCGGCGCACAACUACGUCCCGACGCACAAGUACUGCACCCUCGACAACGCCCGCGCCGAGUUCGAGCUCGUGGUCUUCUCGGCGAUCGACGACCUGCUCGCCAAGACCGGCGUCACCCCAGACGCGAUCAGCGUGCUCGUCCUCAACUGCAGCCUGUUCUGCCCCACGCCAUCCCUGGUGGACGUAAUCAUCAACAAGUACAACCUGCGUAGCGACGUCCGUAGCAUCAACCUCUCGGGCAUGGGGUGCAGCGCGGGUCUCAUCUCCGUGGGGCUCGCCCGGAACCUCCUGCAGGUUGUUCCCCGAGGCUCCCGCGCACUGGUCGUCUCCACGGAGACCAUCACGCCCAACUACUAUGUCGGCAACGAGCGCGCCAUGCUGCUGCCAAACUGCCUGUUCCGUGUCGGCGGGGUGGCCGCGCUGCUGUCCACGUCCCCCGCAAAGGCCCGAUUCCGCCUCAAGCACGUUGUGCGCACCUUCACCGGCACCGACGACAGCGCUUACCGGUGCGUGUAUCAGGAGGAGGAUGAGCAGGGGAACAUCGGGAUCAACCUCAGCAAGAACUUGAUGGCCAUCGCCGGGAACUCGCUCGAGGCCAACAUCACCAGGAUCGGGCCACUGGUCCUGCCGGCCUCCGAGCAGCUCCUCUUCGCUCUCUCCUUCGUUGCGCGGAAGGUGCUUCGCGUGCGAGUCAAGCCCUACAUCCCGGACUUCUCCACGGCGUUCAAGCACUUGUGCAUCCACGCGGGCGGCCGCGCCGUCAUCGACGAGCUGCAGAAGAACCUCAGCCUCUCCGACGAGCAGGUGGAGGCGUCGCGGAUGACGCUGCACCGGUUCGGUAACACGUCGAGCAGCUCGUUGUGGUACGAGCUGGCCUACGUGGAGGCCAAGGGCCGGAUGCGCAAGGGCGACCGCAUUUGGAUGAUCGGCUUCGGCUCAGGGUUUAAGUGCAACAGCGCGGUGUGGGAGUGCAUAGACCCUCCUGCACGCAGCACUGAUGGGCCGUGGUCCACGUGCAUCCACAGGUAUCCGGUGGACAUUCCUGACGUCCGAAACAACUAGUACGCAGCUAGCCUACAAAAUACAUUAUUAAGAUCAGUUCAUUGAGUUUAAACAUUAUUAAGAUCGGGGGAGAUGUCGUGAGAAUGCACAUUGGGCAAUUAAGGUCUGUUUAUUGAGUUUGUAACCGAAUCAUCAAUCUAUAAGAUGGUCUCCGAUUGUAUCCCAUUCUUGGGUUGUGUGAGUCGUUGUAAACCGGUGAGAUAUACUCCUGGUGCCAUCGUGUUAGGUUUGGACUCAUAACAUGUUGGGUACCCCUAUACAAAAAGCAAUGAAGAAACCCCCAGUGAUUAA